AUGGAAAUAGAUUUGUAUCACGAAAGAUACAAUGAACGAGAGUUGCAAAUGAUGCAAGUUGCCAGUAGCAACAGCAGUUUAGUAAACACUGAUGAGGACAAGGUAUGUUGUGUGAAAUUAUCAUACUCUUAUGUAGUCAAAGAGAAACUGUUAGUUAGUUGCCGGUAACAAAAUAACCUACUAAUUGGGGACACUUACGCCCGUAUUCUAAAAGCUCACUCAAACUCUGAGAUUCUCUAACUGAGAUUCUCUCUCGUGUCAUUGCUGUUUUGAAUAGCGGGAGGGCUAGUUUCAUACCUUACUAUGUGACUACUAGUACUCACCCUCCAGCUAUUCAAAAACAGCAUUGACACUCAAGAGAAGCUCAGAUUGAACCUCCACUCAUUGAGUGUGAGUGAGCUUUUAGAAUACAGGCGUUAGUUUUGAUACAGCAGCUGUGAGAAAGAAAUUCAUUUGCUCGAGUGGGAUUCAUUCUGAACUAACUUUUACCUCAUUAUAUUUGCAUUGGACAGCUCUGUCAGUUCGAAGUUGUUCUCCUAAAGAUCCUUUAAAGCUCAUCUCUUAUUGGUUCAGUGUUACUACACGAGGAAACCUAACAUGGAUUAACUAAUUAUACACGAGUUUUAGAAGUUUCUACUUGAAAUUGAAUAAGUGUGUUGCUACAGGAGGAAGCCUCCAGUAAACUACAACGAACUUGAAUAUAUACUGGAUAGUUCUCUAUCGGUUCUAAACUGUUCCCCUAAAGGCAGGGACGUAGCUACCCGGGGGGGGGGGGUUGUACGGGGUGGAACACCCCCAAUAUUCUUGAGUAAUUUCUGGUAAAUUCCCAGGUAAUUUUAGCUGAUUUUCAGGUAAAUUAUAACAGCAUUGACAAGCAAACGUGAAAGCAAGUUAAGAAAGAAUGCGAAAUUUUAGUUGCAUUUCCGGGCUUUCUGACGGUCCCUCUGAGCAUCCCCCCAAACCCCAUAGUAGAUUUAGCCCCUUAUCCAAUUGUUGUAAUAUAUUCUUUUAGGUAAGCUAAAAAGUAAUUUUAAAAAUUCUGCAAUUAACCUAAAAGUCGUUCUUAAAUAAUUUACGCUGUAUUUCUCAGGACAUGUGGGCUAAUCUAUCGAAAGCGACAAUAGCCGAAAAAGUCGGGGCACUGGGGCUGACUAUUGGUAUCAUCAUCGGCCGCUGGCUCUUGCCUCGCGGUGCCAUCACACGUGACCAGCUUUCCGCGUUGCUGAUUGGCUACGUGGGCAUCGCCGCAGAUAUACUAGAAGUCUUCGAACUUUUUGAGGAGGAGAACCUGAUGUAUCGACAGUCUAUCACCAUAGCAACGCUGUUUGUUUUCUCCUGGUGUCUGUUGUCGUUUUGUUUGGUUACCACGGCAACCACAAGCAGUGACAAAGAUGGACCAAAGCAACGCACAAAUAAG